AUGUACAAUCUUCCCGCCCCCGUUGUUGCUGUCUGGCUUGCUCUCUGGAUUGCGUUGCUGUGUAUCAGACGAGAGCUUCCCAUCAGACAUUUUCAGUUGCUCAUCUCCUGGUCGAUCUUCUACUUCUCGACCGUCAAUGCUGUCAUGACGAGAACAGAUUGGCGGCAGGGAGAGAACUUUUCUGGCAUGAUGUUCUCCUGUCUUGCGGCGCUUUUCAACACUCUCUGUCACUUCUACAAUUUCGAGGAUCCGCAUCCAAAGUUUGCACUGGCUGCAGGGUCUUGGGAAGGAUUGGUGGCAGAAGGUGCAAGAGAGGAGGGCGAUGGAGAAGGAUCACCCCGUGUGAACGUGUGUUCGCCUAUCGUCUAUGCGGUUUCUGACCAGUCCAUCGCGAUUAGUAGGAGUUCUUCCGAACAACUGAUGGUGUCUGCGAUGGACCAAUUAGGCACGGGUAGCCCAAGAUGA